AUGAACCGUUUGGCACGAUACGCUACCAAAUCACAACUUUCACGAAUUCCCGCUUUACUUUCUGGUAUACCAAGGCAGACUUCUGCCCCCUCCUUGGCGCGUGGAUAUGCUUCACAUAAGGAAAUCAAGUUUGGAGUCGAGGGUCGUGCUUCUUUGCUUAAAGGAAUUGAUGUACUUGCAAAGGCGGUUGCGGUCACGCUAGGACCGAAAGGUCGUAGCGUAUUAAUAGAACAGGCAUAUGGUAGUCCGAAAAUAACAAAGGAUGGAGUAACCGUGGCGAAAAGUGUAACUCUCAAGGACAAGUUUGAGAAUUUGGGUGCAAGACUCGUCCAGGAUGUUGCAAACAAGACGAAUGAAGUUGCAGGAGAUGGUACCACGACAGCCACAGUUCUAACUCGCGCAAUCUUUGUAGAAGGUGUAAAAAAUGUUGCGGCAGGCUGUAAUCCAAUGGAUCUUCGUCGCGGCGUACAACUGGCUGUUGAUGCCAUCGUGCAAUUUCUGCGAGAGAAUAGUCGUGUAAUUACCACAAGCGAGGAAAUUGCUCAGGUGGCUACUAUCUCUGCAAACGGCGAUACGCACGUAGGACAGCUUAUUGCUAAUGCAAUGGAAAAGGUCGGAAAAGAAGGUGUUAUCACGGUAAAAGAAGGCAAGACAAUCGAGGAUGAAUUGGAGAUCACAGAGGGUAUGCGGUUCGAUCGCGGUUACAUCUCACCAUACUUCAUGACGGACACGAAAACGCAGAAGGUUGAAUUUGAGAAACCGUUGAUCCUUUUAUCCGAAAAGAAGAUUUCUGUAUUGCAAGAUAUCCUUCCAGCUUUAGAAGCAUCUGCUCAACAGCGUAGGCCACUUCUCAUUAUUGCCGAAGACGUCGAUGGAGAAGCGUUGGCGGCCUGUAUUCUCAAUAAAUUGAGAGGAAAUAUUCAGGUUGCUGCUGUCAAAGCACCUGGAUUUGGUGAUAAUCGUAAGAAUGUUCUCGGCGAUUUGGCUAUUCUCACUGGUGGUACAGUGUUCUCCGAUGAUUUGGAUAUAAAGCUUGAACGUGCAACUCCCGACAUGUACGGAACAACUGGAUCAGCUACAAUAACAAAAGAAGAUACGAUUUUUCUCAAUGGGGAAGGUUCCAAAGAUAUGAUAAAUCAACGUUGCGAACAGAUUCGUGCAGCUAUCAACGAUCCAACCGUUUCCGAAUACGAGAAGGAGAAACUACAAGAGCGUCUUGCUAAGCUUAGCGGAGGAGUUGCAGUAAUUCGCGUUGGUGGUGCUUCAGAGGUGGAAGUGGGAGAGAAAAAGGACAGGUUUACUGAUGCGUUGAAUGCUACACGAGCUGCAGUCGAAGAGGGAAUUGUACCUGGUGGUGGAGUGGCAUUACUCAAAUCUACUCGAUGUUUGGAUAAGUUGAAGCCGGCUAACUUUGAUCAACAGUUGGGCGUAAACAUUAUUAGAUCAGCAUUACAGAAACCAGCAAAGACAAUCGUUGAUAAUGCUGGUGAAGAGGGAGCCGUGGUUGUUGGUAAGUUGCUUGAACAACAUGGUGAUGACUUUAAUUAUGGAUAUGAUGCUGCGACAGGAGAGUAUGGCGAUUUGAUUGCACGUGGGAUUGUGGACCCACUCAAAGUUGUGCGGACUGCGCUUGUGGAUUCAUCGGGCGUCGCUAGUUUAUUGACGACAACAGAAUGCAUGAUUACUGAAGCACCCGAGGAAAAUAAGGGUGCUGGCGUGGGAGGUGGUAUGGGAGGAGGUAUGGGAGGUAUGGGAGGCAUGGGAAUGAUGUAG